AUUCUUAAGCGUUUGAAUUUUUAAACAUUAUCAAUUUACGAGAUUGAAGAUAAAUACCCUGAGUACAUCGAAAAUAACAGCAAUAUAUUUUUAUUUUUAUGUGCUUUACGAAUGUGAAGAAUGGUCGAAGCACAUAGUAUAAAUGCCGAACAUAAAGAUCUAAUACACGAUGUUGCAUUUGAUUAUUAUGGAGAAAGAAUGGCGACUUGUUCCACGGAUCAAUUUGUCAAAGUUUGGGAUCAGGAUGAACAGGGUAAUUGGAAUUUAACUGCUAGUUGGAAGGCUCAUAGUGGAUCUGUUUGGAAAGUGACUUGGGCUCAUCCAGAAUUUGGUCAAGUUUUGGCAACAUGUUCUUUUGACCGUACUGCUGCUAUUUGGGAAGAAAUAAUUGGUGAAAGUAAUGAAGGUGGUACAUUAUUACGACAUUGGGUACGAAGAGCAAACUUAGUUGAUUCUCGAACAUCUGUAACUGAUGUAAAGUUUGGUCCAAAAUCAUUUGGAUUAAUUUUAGCUACUUGCUCUGCUGAUGGUGUGAUGCGUAUUUAUGAAGCUCCAGAUGCAAUGAACUUAGCUCAGUGGCCGUUGCAACAUGAAGUAUCAUUAAAAAAUCCUAGCAGUUGUCUAACAUGGAAUCCCUUACUAUCUAAUUUUAGAAUGCCAAAUGCAAUGAUUGCAGUCGGCAGUGAUGAUAAUUCUAAUACUACAAAUAGUAAAGUAUUUAUAUGUGAAUACAAUGAAGUGUCUAGAAGAUGGGCCAAGACUGAAUCUGUUGCUAGUGUUGCUCAUCCAGUACAUGAUAUGAUAUUUGCACCAAAUAUGGGAAGGUCCUUUUAUUUGUUAGCAGUUGCUACAAACAAUGUUCGCAUAUUGAAGCUUAAACCAUUAACUGAUGCUACAAGUGGUUUUCCAUAUACUAUUGAAACUGCAGCACAAUUUGAUGAUCAUUAUUGUACAGUAUGGCGUGUUGCGUGGAAUGUUACUGGUACUGUCUUAGCAUCAUCAGGUGAUGAUGGAUGUGUAAGAUUAUGGAAAUCUACUGUAGAUACGUGGAAGUGUGUUGGAGUAUUAAAACGUGAUGGAAAGUUGCCACAACCACAAUCAAAAACAGCCCAAUCAACUGCUCAAAAUAAUUUAACAAGGUUCUUCAAACUUGGUCAAAUUACUCAUCCUAGCGAAGUGCAUUGGCAUUAAUAAUUUAUAUUUUUUAAAUAUAUUUUUGUAUACAUACAUUUGAAAUAAUUCAAUGAUUUUCCAUUUAAAAC